GGGUUUUGACUGGGAAUGGAAAUAUUUGAGGAAAGGGUUUUUAAAAGCAGAAAAUCUCUACUUUUUUUGGAAUUUGAAAUCACAAAGUUUAAUUACUGAAUUUAAUGACAUCUGUUUAGAUAUCAAUAAUAAUACUUGCUCUCUUCCCUACUCACAUUUAUAUUGUGCUCUCUCUGUCCAUAUACUGAAAAACUUGAAUAGAGAGUAAAGACAUUAUUACUACACUUGCUUUCUCUCUCUCUCUUGCAAGUUGUUAGAAACAUUUCUCCUUCUUUAAUCUCCUCCUCCUCCUGUCUUUGUCUUUCGUUUUCAUUUCUCAUCUUUCGAUUUUGUUUUGCUUUUAUUUAUGGGUUUGUCUUUCUUUCUUAAAUUUUGAAUCUUUUUCUUUCUUUUUGUUUUUUUCUCACUCUCUUCCUCAGUGUACUAGUUUCAGUGGAGUGUUGAUUUACCAGGUAAUGCUAGUGAUUUAUGAAUCGUAUCUGAACUUUCACACAAAUGCUCUUGUUCCUACUGAUCUUGUGAAAAUUUUGAUUCUUUCUUUAUGCAUUUUCCAUCUUCUGUCGGUUGCUCUGAUUCUCUAGGGUUUGGUCAUGAUUCUCUGAGAUCCUACUAGAUUCAUGCAUUUUACACAUUCUGUGGUUUAGUUGCUACUUUGAUUAAGUCCGUUGGGGCAGAAGAGAAUCCUUCUUUCAUGCAAACAAGUCUCAAUUUAGAUCUUAAGAUUUAACAAAACAGACACUACUCUUCCAAGUGUGUUUGAGGAGGCAAUGGAUUUCUUGAGAGUUAGAAAAUUUCGAAAGUCACGGAAGCCAAACCUUGAAAAGGAGAAAGAAGACAAGAUUUUGGCUCAGCAAGAGCAGGCAAGGAGUGAUAACACUGAAGCUGGUGUGAUAGAUUCGGCUAAAACAGAUGAGAUCGAAGAUGACGAUGAUGAUUUCAUUACCAAUGAGGUUAAGAGAAGGCUCAAGGAGUUGAGGAGAAACAGUUUCAUGGUGUUGAUACCUGAGGAAGAAGAAGAAGAAGAAGAAGAGGAAUCGUAUCUAGACGAAGAUGAUGACGACGGAGAAGACAAGUGUUCAAGUGAGUGGAGAGAUGUGGUCGCUGAAGGACUUCAAUGGUGGGGAGGUUUUGAUGCGGUCUAUGAAAAGUAUUGUGAGCGAAUGCUCUUCUUUGAUCGCUUAAGCUCUCAGCAGCUCAAGGAAACUGGCAUUGGAAUUGCUCCAAGUCCUUCAACUCCAUCGCCAAGAUCUGCAUCUAAAAAGCUGUCAUCGCCAUUUCGAUGUCUAUCUCUCAAGAAGUUGGAUGUUCCCGAGGAAGAUAUCGAGCAUUUGCAGCCGACGGAAAUUGACCCUUAUCAAGAUCUGGAGACGGCCUAUGUUGCUCAACUCUGCCUCACUUGGGAGGCACUUCACUGUCAAUACACGCAGCUGAGCCACUUAAUCUCAUGCCAACCCGAAACCCCGACUUGUUACAACCAUACUGCCCAACUGUUUCAGCAAUUCCUAGUCUUGUUGCAGAGGUAUAUAGAGAAUGAACCAUUUGAACAAGGCUCAAGAUCUGAACUUUAUGCACGUGCUAGAAAUGCAAUGCCUAAGCUACUUCAAGCUCCUAAGAUUCAAGGGUCAGAUAAAAAGGAGAUGGAGAAAGAUACAGGUUUCAUGGUCCUCGCUGAUGAUCUCAUCCAAAUCAUCGAGAGCUCGAUCCUUACUUUCAACGUUUUCUUGAAAAUGGACAAGAAGAAACCAAAUGGGGGUAUUCACUUGUUUGGGAACCACAACAACAACCAUUUAAAUUCUAUAACUCCUUUACUACUGGUUCAGUCAUCCAUUGAUAAGAAGAGAGUGAAAGCGAAGGAGCUUUCAAAGAAGACAAAAGGGCUGAGAAAGAAAUCAUGGCCUCAAACAUGGGAAGGUGUUCAACUCUUGUUUGCAGCCAUUGACAUCAAACUCGCAACACGGGUAUUGAGGAUGUCGAGAAUCAGUAAAGAGCAACUUCUAUGGUGUGAAGAAAAGAUGAAAAAGCUCAACUUUUCAGCUGGGAAGCUUCAAAGACACCCAUCUCCAAUUCUUUUCCCAUGUUGAUAAUAAAAUGAUGAACAACACACAAUGAUUUCAAAUUCAGUCGCAUCAACUGUUCCCUUUUUAUCCGAUCAUAAAGAUUCCGGUUUGGGGAUUUUUCUUUUGCAGACAAAUCAAAGAAGAAAUUGUGUGUUUGUUCCAUUUGCUAUCAUUCAUUCUCUUUGCAAUAAGGGUCCAAUUCCAAGAACACACUUGUUUUGGUCAUAGAUUCACUAUUAAGGGACCAUUUUCAUUGUUGUCGUUUGGAUUUAGCACAUAUGAAAGAAUCCAAUGUUGUCUUGUUGAUGGGAAACUAAAUCCAUGAUCAUGAUGAUGAUGGUGA